UUAAACUCUAAUUCCAAAAUCCUACCCCUUAACUCUAAACCCUAAGGUUUGGAUUAAUUAACCCAAGGGGUAUAAAUGUAUAUUUACCUCUUUAAUGAAACCUAUAUUUGUGACUUUGAGUCUUGAGUGCUACUUUGGGAACAAAAACUUGGUUUGGUGUUAUCCUAGUCUUUUUCUAAUGAAAAUAUGUCAUUGAAUUCUUCUUUAUAUACAAUUUGAAUAUUUUAAAAUAUGAUUUUUUUUUUGUUAGGAUCCAUGUUCACUACCACUAUUUUUCGUAACUGUAACUAAACAAACCGAUUUUACAUUUUGUACUCUACUUACCGGCUUUCAUGUUUGUAUGAUGCAGGGUUUGAAAGGACAAAGUCAAAGCAUAAAGAUGUUGAGAAGUUGAAAUGAUCUUUUGUUAGUAUUUAAUGUAACUUCAGUUUGUUAAUUCGAAUCCUGUCUUUAAUACCUUUAAAUAAAAUAAUUAACUAGUUAAAACAUAAAUUAGAAAGAAAAAAAAACAAUAAAAAACGACAGCGUUUUGUUUUUUGUGUGGAGAGAACGGCGAUGUUUUGGUGACUGUUAUUCAAGCCUCAAAAGUAGGAUUGGGAUAAACGGGCCUGAUAUGAAUUUGGUGAUGUUUAAUGUGGGCCAAAAUAACGGGAAAGCCCAUCAUAAAUGAGAGAAGAGAAAAAAAAGAAACGACAGCGUUUUGUUUGUGUGGAGAGAACGACGACGUCGAGUGUUAUUCAAGGAGAGAGAGAGAGAGAGAGUAACGUCGUGAUUUCCCGCUCAAGGCUUCAUCUUCAUCUUCUCCUCUCGAGAGGCAGAGCUCUCUGCAAAAGGAAAGAGGAGUAAUUUCGCAAGAUCUAAGAUGGUGGAUUUUGAGCAACUCAGGAUCUUUGAAACUAUACUCAGAGAGUUUCUAAAAUCUUUUCUUCUGCAUAUUCAACUGUGGCUUGAUGUGCUAGACCUUCAAGUGGGAGUGGAUGAGCUUGAGUUUUUGGUGAUACUGAUACAUUGGUUUCCCUUCCUUCUCUUCCGCGAGUUUGUGGGGUUUCUUUUAUGGGUCAUCAUUCAAGCCAUAAAGCUUGCCCAAUUACUUCUUUGGCACUACAUCAGUUGGCAAGAGCGCCAUGCGGAGUUCGAGGUCGUGUAUAUUGAGGCUGCGAAUGCUCCAACACGCACUCCUCCACUUCCUGCACACUUUCUUCACUUUCUACCCCUGUCUACAAUGGCCGAAAGCACUGACAAUGACAUAUGUACCAUUUGCCAAGAGCCUUACAGAGCAGGAGAUGCAGUGAGGACACUCCCUUGCGACCAUUCCUUCCACUCUAUAUGUGUUGACCAGUGGCUUAUUUCGGACCAUGGUGAUUGUCCUCUUUGCAAACAAGCCAUCGUCUCAGAAUAACACAUCUGCCGUCAAUCUGAGGACUUUGAUAGAGCCAGCCAGGAAUGAAUAAUAUCACAAAAUGAGUAAAACCAAUAGUGCUAUUCUUUUGUAUACCAUCUCUUGAUUGACUAAAACAUGAUAUUUUAGCUUACUAUCUUGAUAGAGAUUUGAGAUCCUCUUGUCACACUACAUGCUUAAUCAAUUUGUACAUAUAUACCAAAGCUGCGUACCUAUAUUGAAAUGAUUAGUGGUACCUUCACUUUAUUUUUA